AUGACGCGUUUAGUAAAGCUCGGUAUAUUAUUAGUACUAGUGUUGUUAAUAGCAGGUGAAGUUCUUGGUAAAACACAUAAACACGCCACUCGUAAAUCCAAGACAAAAAAUCACAAACACAUCAAACACCCCAAAAACAUCAAACCCCCUAAAAAACCGAGCAUCAUAAAGAGUAUCAAAGUCGCUCCAACUCCAAAAGUCUCUCCGACUCCGUCUCCGUCUCCGUCUCCAAAAGUCGUUGCACCUCCUCAAAAAGGAAUUCCACAACCAACUUCAACCAAAAGUAGCAGUAUCGUUGCCAAGACUCCACAACCCGCGAGCAAUGGUAAAAAUAUUUGUCGAUCUUACUCCCAAAACUUCUCGGAAGCCAGAAUUGUUGAACAUACCGAUUAUCAAAAUGAUCCAAAGACCGCGGACUGGAUUAAUUUAUCCGGAACAAAAGGAACUUAUUCAUUGGAUGGCGGAAACUUGAACAUGAUUUUGCAACCACCAUCGUCUUACGAAAAAAUCACUACGCAGUAUCAUCCAUAUAAUUCGAAAUUGGGCACCGGUUUGACAUUGAAUUCCACCUACAUGAUCCAUUACGGUAAAGUCUCUGCAAAAAUUAAGAGUAGUUCUCUUGGUGGUGUCGUCACUGCUUACAUUACCAUGUCACCGAAUGGCGAUGAAAUCGAUUGGGAACUUGUCGGCAACGACACACUUCACGCACAAUCAAACUGGUAUUGGAAUGGAGUUAUCGAAUGGGGUGUACACGGAGGAAUGCACAACGUCACAGCACCAGGAAUUUCUGAUGAAUUCAAGACUUAUACCAUCGACUGGACUCCCGAAGCAAUCACUUGGUUAAUUAACGGAUCCCCUGUUCGUACCUUAAAGCAAUCGGAUACAUUAGUCGACGGAGUUCCUCAUUUCCCAAAUCAUCCAAGUUAUAUCCAACUUGGUAUUUGGGAUGGUAGUGGCGCUCCAGGUACCGCCGAAUGGGCUAACGGACCGAUCGACUGGAGUCAACAAAAAACUAACCCGAGAACUCUUGUCUCGGAAAUUGAAAUUGAGUGUGAUCCUACUUGGAAUCAAGUGAUCAAUUAA